AGGCGCAGUGCGGCACCUGCGGCGGCGGGCAGCAUGGAGGACGCGCUGAGGGGAGCUCUGGGCACCGCCGUGCUCCGGCCGACGGGGCACUCGGGGGGCGGCUGCAUCAGCCAGGGCCAGAGCUACGACACGGACCGCGGCCGGGUGUACGUGAAGAGCAACUCCAAGGCGGAGGCCAGAAGAAUGUUUGAGGGAGAAAUGGCAAGUUUGGAAGCCAUCUUGAAAACACAAACAAUAAAAGUGCCUAAACCCAUCAAAGUUAUAGACGUGCCUGGGGGCAGUACUCUGUUUGUGAUGGAACAUUUGGAAAUGAGAGGCUUAAACAGACAUUCAGGAAAGCUUGGAACACAACUGGCUGAUCUCCACCUUCAUAACCAACAACUUGGAGAGAAGCUGAAGAAAGAGGAGAGCACAGUUGGUAAAGGUCAAGGGCAAAUGGAAGUCCAGUUUGUGGAUCAGUUUGGCUUUCAUACAGUUACCUGCUGUGGCUAUCUUCCACAGGUGAAUGACUGGCAGAAUGACUGGGUGACUUUCUUCGCCAAACAGAGAAUCCAGCCUCAGAUGGACAUGAUCGAAAAGAAUUCAGGAGACAGGGAAGCAAGAGAACUUUGGGCACAACUUCAGCUGAAGAUACCCAGUUUGUUCUGUGACGUAGAAAUUGUUCCUGCUCUCCUGCAUGGGGAUCUCUGGGGAGGAAAUGUAGCUGAGGAUGAUUCUGGGCCAGUCAUCUUCGACCCGGCUUCUUUCUACGGCCAUUCAGAGUAUGAGCUUGCAAUAGCUGGGAUGUUUGGUGGCUUCAGCAGUUCUUUUUACUCUGCUUAUCAUAGUAAAAUUCCAAAAGCUGCAGGGUUUGAGAAACGCCUGAAGCUUUAUCAGCUCUUUCAUUACAUGAACCAUUGGAACCAUUUUGGUACAGGGUACAGAGGGUCGUCUUUAAACAUUAUGAGAAACCUUAUAAAGUGACUUGCUGCUUAAGCAGAAUACUUCCUAUGUUGCUUGCAAACCCCCACACUGGGUAGUGCAACUACAGGAGUAGUAAUUUUUUUUAAAAAAGCUACUAGACCCUUGACCUUGUUGCACGGUUAAAGACCUAGAAUCAGUGAGUCCUGCUGAAUAUCAAGUGUAACAGUGUCAUCCGUUUUUAGGAUAGUUGGGAAUAACUUUGUGAGGGAAAUCGCUAAGGAAGGAGUUUAUUCAGUUGCACAAAAGAUCUGUCAGUGCCAAGAAAGCAUUGUGUACUUGAGACUAGGUGAGGUAAUACAAAUCAAACACUGAGGAGAUGGCUAGAAAGCUGCUUAUUGCCUUUUGCUGCCCCCCCUGACCUUUAUGAUAGAUUGCUUAGACUCUUUAAGCUCUCCAUGGCCAGUUAUGUGCAUGAGAACAAUGUUAACAGGGUAUUUUGAAAGUCAACAAGAAAAUUAUGUAAUAGAAACUGAAAAAUGAUUUGGACUUGCUAUUCAUUAUGCUAAUGUGAUUCUGUUGGACUGAGACUGCUUCCUGUUCUGUCAGAAAGCUGUGUGAAAAUGCUUAUAAUUUUUCUGGCAUGUGCAUUUUGGUGCCUCAUGGCAUUCUUGUGUGCUGUUCUGUGCUUGCUGUUCAUUGGGCUCUUACCUACAGCAAUUUUGUUUUCACCAGAACUAGCACUCUCUUCUUUUUUUUGAAUAUGCUUUUGUCCAAUAGUGUGCAUUCUUAAAGAUCUUUUCAGGUAGGACACUUCAUGUGUACACAGCCUGUGAAGAUGUACUCUCUCACUAAUACAAACAGAUGUACUUUCUGACUGUUGUCAUUGCCCACAGGAUAAUGCCGUCUGGUCGUGGUACAGGCUUCACAUAAAUUUUCUGUAGAUUUAGACUACAGGUGCCAUAAACUAACACUUUUUGUUCAGUCCCCACUAUUGUGCACUUUGUAGUUCUUUGGAUAAGAGACAGGAAACCAAAGGAAGUUAAAAUGCAACUCACAAAACAGUGGCUCUACACCCCUGUCAGAAUUUCUUUGAGGAUAGCUUUUACAGGCUAUUUCUUGUACCUGCAAGAUGGUAAUACUAAAAUUCUACUCUUUUUGAUGUAGGCUGGUAAUGAUAUUUCAGUGCAAGCGUACCAGGUAGGUGAGAGGGGUGCAUGAUUCCUAACAUGCAUUUUGAGUGUUUGGGAAUGACUUUAAUGAACUAAAACUGUUUUUCACUGGGUAUUGGCUGAUUACUAAGGGAUUUUUAGUUGCUGGUUUUGCAGUUACUUGUACAAAUUGGAAGCAAGUUUAGAGAAGACUAUCACUUGAUAUAACUUUCUUUCCUUAAUUCUACUUCUCUUCUCACUGGCUGUUUAACUUUUUCUACAAAAAGUUUUAAAGCCUUGCUUGGUAGAAUAGCUAUUACUUUUACCUUGUUGCUUAAAUAAAGAAGUUUUCCAGUUGA